AUGUCUACUCCUGCUGAAAUUAUCGCCGCCCGCGUCAACGGUACCUACGUUGAAAAAGAGGAACCCGCGUACAUUGAGCCUGAACAGUCCAGAAAAGCUAAAAGCACCCCUCCCCCGCUGAUUUCCGAUGACCUGGCUUUCCCCACCCUUGGUGGUGGCAAGAGACUGGUCGCUUCGUCGGCUGCCACCUCGUGGGGCCCUCAGAUGAAGGCGCCCGCGGUCGCCCCUGCCCCGGUCAAAGCUCGCCCCGCCAAUGGUAACACCCCCAAGUUGUCUACUAUUCAAGAUGCGUUCUCGUUGGAUGUCGAUGACCAAAUCCAAGUUGCCCGCCCCGAGUUUAUCAGAAUCUUGACUCAGAUCAAGACCGAAACCCAAACCUCGAUUGAGUCCCUGAUUUCGUCCCUGAAGCGUACCUUUUUGAUCUCUGGUAAGCCCGAAAACGUCAAGUUGGCUAAGCGUCUUGUCAUCAGAAAGCUCACCAAGCCCGUGCAGAUUCAAUUCACCGUCCCAGCCAAGUUGAGAUCGCGCAUCAUUGGUCAAGGUGGUAAGAACUUGAGACCCAUUGUCGCUCAAAACCAGGUCAAGAUCGAUGUCGCCAACUACGAAGGUGAUGAUGACGACGAAGACGACGAGGACGUGUUCUCGAAGACCAUCCCCAUUGUUAUCGAAGGUGACGCUGAAGGUGCUAAGAGAGCCAAAGCUCAAAUCUUGGCCAUCGUCACCGAGGAAACCAAGAACUUGGCGGCUAAGUUGGCCAUCGAUGAACUCGUCAAGCCUUUUGCUCAAUUCGUGCUUAACCCCGUGGUUGAAUCCUACCCUGACCUUGACUUCUCGAUUCCUACUCACAAGCAAAACUCGUCUCGUUUGUCUAUUGUUGGUGACCGUGAACAGGUCUUGGCUGCCAAGGAGGCCGCUCAAAGAGCUCUUGACGCUUUCGCUCCUAAGAUCACUACUACUCGCGUCCCUAUUCCUCAAGUGAAGCACCAAUUCUUGCCCAUUGACCAAAUUUUGGACGAGGACCAAGUCUUCAUUAAGUUGCCUGGCCCUGAAGAAACUGAUGUUCAAUUUAUUGGUGAAAAGUCGAGAAUCGCCGCUGCUCAGGAAAAGGCUCGUAAGACCACUCUGCAAUACAAGGUGGAAGUCUUGGACAUGCUGCGUGCUCACGGGGGUAACUUGAAUCACGUCAAGGCUGUUGCCUCUUUGUUGAGCACUAACGGCCGCUUCAACCAAAUUGCGUCGGAACAGAAUGUUAAGAUUUCCGUGCCGUCGAAGCGCGAUUUGGCGAAGGAUAUCCUGCUGAUCCCCAUUGAGAUCAUUGCCAAGAACGACCAACAAGAUGAAGUUAAGCGUGCCAGAUCGCAAAUUGUUGCCACUGUUAACCAGAUUACCCCUGCUUACUGCAAGCACAUUAACGACAUCAACUCGUUCUUGAUCCCCAGAGUUGAAGCCGAAUUGGCCGAAGCUUCGAAGUCUAACAACGUCAAGGUGAUUGUCUUGGGCGACAACGUCUUCUUGUUCGCCAACACCGACGACCUGGACGAUGACUUUGUCGACGCUGAGGACAUUGCUAGGCAACUCGAUGCCGUCGAUGCUGCCCUUAGUGACUUGAGAAAGUCUCAAGCUGACUUGCACACUGCCGUCAUCGAUGUGCCUCUGGCCGAUCAUGAGCAUGUCAGAGGUCCUCGCUCGACCACCUUGAACCUGAUCUUGCUGGGGGUUGAUAACGAUGUCCGCGUGACGAUGGGUGCUCCUCACGAUGAUGCUAUCUCUAUUCUUGGGUUCAAGAACGAUGUCGAAGUCAUUAGAAAGCAAAUUGAGUUGGCUGUUGCCGAUGCCAAGGAACACGGUAACCUGUACCUGACCCUGGUGUCGAUCCCUUCGCAAGUGGUGCUGCGUUUCAUCGGUAAGCAAGGUGCCAACUUGAACCAAUUGCGUGACGAGUUUGGCAUCAAGAUCGAUGUUCCUGAACGUGACGACAACAGCGACAAAGUUGACGUUGAACUCACCGGUAUCAAGAGAAACGUCGAAGCCGCGAAGCAAAAGGUCACUCAACUCGCCAAGAAGCUUGCUGACGAAACUAUUUCCAGAAUCAAGAUUGAGCAAAAGUACCACCGUCGUAUGAUUGGUUCCAACGGUAUUUACAUCAACCGUUUGCAAGACAAGUACAACGUGCAAAUCAACUUCCCUCGUGCUUCUAACGGCAACGCCACCCCUGAUGGUGUCAAGGCUGAUGAAGUUGUCAUCAAGGGUCCCUCUAAGGGCGUGGCCAAGGCCGAAGAAGAAUUGCUCGAAUUGUACGCGUUCGAAAAGGAGAAUGGGUUCACGGAAACGUUGAAGAUCCCUGGGUCUGCGGUGGCUCGCGUCAUUGGUAAGGGUGGUGAAGUCAUUAGGGACAUCUCGGACGGCACUGGUGUUGAAUACAAGUUCAAGCGUGACAAAGAAGCUGAAGAAGCUUCAGGUUAUGCUGAACUUGAACUUACUGGGUCGAAGCUGGCGUUGAAGGAAGCGAAGGCCAAGAUUCAAGAAAUCAUUGACGAAGUGGAAAACUUCGUGCAAGAAUCGUUCGACGUUGACCCCAAGUACCACCGUGACCUUAUUGGUCCCAAUGGUCUGGUGAUGCGUGACAUCUUGACCCGCGCUGGUGCUGGGGACAUGCCCAGAAACCGUAAGUACUACCAAUUGUUGACCAUUCCCAAUGAAGGUCUGGGUGAGUUGUCGGUUACUUCGGCAGGUGACAAGGAGAUUGUCCAAAAGGUGAUGAAGAUCGUUAAGGAGAUUGUUGCUGAGCGUGAAGCCCUGGUGACUGAGGAGUACGAAUUGCCUAAGGAAAAGCAUAAGCUCAUUGUUGGGCCUGGCGGUUCAAUCCGUCACGCCAUUCAAGAUGAGACUGGUGCUAACAUUGAGAUCCCCCGUCCCAACGACCCCUCGCUGGUGUUGAAGCUUCUGGGUACUCCCGAAAAGAUUGCUGCUGCUAAGGCCAAGAUUGAGGAAUUGACCAAGGACGACUGGAAUGUGGAAGUUCCUGUUCCGGCUAAGUACCACCACUUGGUGUCUGAACGGGGCGCUGUUUUCAAGCAAUUGCAAAAUAAGCUUGGCGUCGACGUUGUCCACGGCCCCCACACUCGCAAGGCAUCGAACUUGUCUAAGACCCCUAUUCCGGCUGCGCCUGAAGAAGCCUUCCCUACUGGUGACUUGUCGACGCAAUUUGUCAUCGUCCCCGCUGCUGCCAGAGAGGAUGACGAUGCCGUCAUCCCUUGGAGAUUGAAGGGUUCUGAAGAAGCCACCGCCAAGGCUGCCGAGCAAAUCAAGGCUCGCUUGGCUCUUGCUGAAGCCGCCGACCACGAAGGGUGGUUCUACGCUCAAAACCCGUCCGUGUUCUCUAAGAUCAUUGGUCCUGGUGGUUCGAGAGUGUCGGACAUCAGAAACCAAACCGGGACCUUCAUUACCAUCCCUAGACAACUGGACAAGAACGGCAACCUCGUUUACCUUGUCGGGACGAAGGACAACUUGACCAAGGCCCAAGAGGCGAUCACAAAAUUGGUUUAA